AUGCCAUCUAAAAAAUAUGACCAUUACAGAGUGUUCAAAGUGCAUGAAAACCAGACGAUGGCUGAGAUUAUCAACACGGUCGUCACCAAUUACGAUCUCGACAAAAAUCUAUUGAGGAUCACCUGUGCCGGUGGUGGUGAAGAAUUCACACCAGCUAAGUGCUUUCCAGACAUCAAGGAAAAAUUGCGAGAGGUCCUUCACGCCGUUUUGUCGUCCUGUUCGGUCCCGUUACUCCCUUCGAUUGCCUUGGUCGAACAAAUUGUGAAAACGUUUAUUGAGUCGGACGUUCGGCUACAGUUUUCGUCUCAAUGCAGCGGCGAUGACAUCUUUAGCUUUUACCCACUUCUUCGAGACUUCAACUUUCACUUCCACAACAUCAAAGAUAUCAUCCAGUCCAAAUUCCAAGGCUUGCAAAUGUCAUUCACUAGCCUGAACGUGGAGCAUUUGCGAGAGUUGGAAGAGUUUCUGGGACCUUUCCAGGAAACAUUUGAGUCUCUUGCUCAAGAGCAGCCGAAUUUCCACAAGAAAGCCAGUGAACUGCUGGUUCGUGAACAGGCGUCGACGAUCACAGUCGAACAUCGAAUCGCAGCGAUUCUAAAUCCACGCCAUAAUAGGAAACUCAAUCUCAUUUGUACAGAUCAUGAACGAUCCCACGCCUGUGAACGGAUACGUGCUCUCUGUGGCAUUCGAACUCAACACGAACCACUGAGCCGUGACAGCUCCAUCGAGGGAGAACCGCACCGGAAGCGACGCCUGUUUCUGAAUUCUCUCGAGGACGAUCCAAUUGGCGACGACGAAUUGGAAUGUUAUCUCCGAUCGCAGUAUCCAGCGCAACAGACGAAGGACGUGGUAUCGUUUUGGAGCACCGUGGGCCAGGCUCAGUUCCCAUCGCUGGCUUCUUUAGCACGAAGGAUUCUGUCUGUGCCGGCUUUGGCACCGAAGACCAUAUUCGAGGAACGACAUGCCAGUGUGAAGCCUGAACAGUUACACACGUUCCUGAUGUUACGUUCGAUGUUCGACACGGAAAGAGACGAAUAG